AUGAAUAAAAUAAAACCAUUUUUACCAAAUCAUCCUCUGCUGGAUCCUCAAGUUAGUUAUUUUUUUAAUAGAACUGUCGUGGAUUCGGUUUUGCCAGAUAUGAUUACAAGAAUUGAUCCUUAUUGGUACCAAUUUCCACCAAUGAAUCCUCUCUGGCAUGGAAUAAUUGGAUUUGUGAUAGCUAUUCUAGGGAUUGUUGGAGCUGUUGGAAAUGCUAUGGUCAUUUAUAUAUUUUGUUCAACAAAGUCUCUAAGAACACCUUCGAAUCUCCUUGUUGUGAAUUUAGCAUUUUCAGAUUUAUUGAUGAUGCUGACAAAUUCUCCAACUAUGGUCGUAAAUGCAUAUUAUGAAACAUGGGCAUUGGGUCCGCUGUUUUGUGAUCUGUAUGGAAUAUUUGGAGGUGUUACUGGCAAUACAUCUAUAUGGUCAAUGACAUUCAUUGCACUAGAUAGGUACGCUGUCAUUACAAAGGGAAUCAAUGGAAAACCUAUGACUAUUAAAGGUGCUGUUCUGAGAAUUCUGUUGAUCUGGACAUUAACUGUAAGUUGGAGUUUGAUACCCCUCUUCGGCUGGAACAGGUACGUUCCAGAGGGAAAUAUGUUAUCAUGUGGAACAGACUAUUUCGCAACUGACUGGUACAGUAAAAGUUAUGUUAUUGUCUAUGCUUCUAUAGCUUACUUCACUCCACUUUUUCUAAUAAUAUUUUCAUACUAUUAUAUCGUAAAGACAGUAUGUGCUCAUGAAAAACAAAUGAAAGAACAAGCUAAAAAAAUGAAUGUAUCCUCAUUGAGAUCGAAUGACAAGCAAUCAGCUGAAAUGAGAUUGGCAAAGAUUGCAUUGAUGACAAUUUCACUUUGGUUUGUGGCUUGGACACCUUACUUAGUUAUAAACUUUAUUGGUGUUUUUGAAAUGAUGAAAAUCACACCACUCUUCACCAUAUGGGGAUCAGUAUUUGCUAAAGCUAAUUCUGUAUACAAUCCUAUUGUAUAUGCUAUCAGUCAUCCUAAAUACAGGACUGCUCUUUACAAGAAAUUUCCAUCUUUAUCAUGCACUCCUUCUCCCGAUGAAAUGUCGUCAACAGCGAGUGAAGUAACUGCUAUUCCAGAACACAUAAAAUGA